UUGUUUUAUGGUUCUCAGGUGCCCACUCAUGUCAGAUAAUCUCCUGCCGAUUCCUGCUGCUGCCAGCCAACACACACCUGUUUGGUUUCUGGGGAGAAGGGAACGAAGAACGCCCCAGGGCAGACCAGGCGAGGAAAAAGCUUUGGACCAAUUCUUCCACGAGGCAGGAGACGGCUGCGAUCCAAGCUUGCUGGAGAGUAAGCCCAGCUGAGGUCGUCAGGUUUCCUUCAGAGUAGUAGACCCGGAUCGGGGAUUUGCGCGUUUUAACCCAACAUACUGCAGCCAGCACCCGCAGGAUGGGGCGUGGAAAGAAGAGGACGGCGGCUGAGCCAAUCGGCUUCCUUCCCCCGCGUCGCCCCGGCGUCUCCUAGCAACCGGCUCCGUCGCCUGGCAACGGAGGACGCUGGCCUGGUACCCGGCGCGCUCGCCACGUGCUGCUGCUACUGCUGCUGCUUUCUUCGGGGGCUCCGGCAUGGGCGGCCUCAGCGCCUCCGACGCCUUCUGGACGCAUCUGCGCACGCUCUGCCUGGACCAGUUUCCCUGCGGGACUGGGGGCUGGAAUAAAUCCCGUUUCUCCCAGCGGAAAUCCAAAACCACAUGGCCCUUUACGCAGCAACGGGCAAGUUUGGCCCUCUGUGACCAGCUCAUCCCUCCCACGGAAGAAACUGCAGAAUCACUCAUAGAGUUCCUGAGAUGUCCUGACUCACUGUGGGCCCUGCCACGCGACGGCAGCCCUGAGGACCAGCAACUGAGGGAGCUGGCGGUAUGGACUCCGCAGGUCAUCCAAGACUCCUUCAUUUUCUCCUACUUCAAAUCUCUGAGGAUCGUCAAUAAAGGCGUGAAUGAAAUCGAUGCCAAUUUGUUAAAAUUUCCCAACCUGGAAGAGCUCAUCCUUAGUGCCAACCAGAUCAGCAAAAUCAACUCUGCCAACCUCCCUCCAACACUGAAAGUGUUGGAACUUUGUGGCAAUGAGUUGGAGUGCUUGAAGGACCUCUGUGCCCUCCCUCCUCCAGAGCUCCAGCAUUUGGGUCUUGGUCAUAAUUGCCAACUGGGCUCGUCCCAGGAAGACUAUCUCACCAACACUUACUGGCCAAAGCUUGUCUCUCUCGACUUGAGUUACAACAACUUUACGGACUUGCUCCGCCUCCUCUGCAAACUCAAGACGCUGAAAAAGCUUCGGGUUCUUGUUCUUCAGGGCAACCCUUUCGCUCUGAUGCCCGGCUACCGCGGCUUUACCAUCGACAGCCUGCCGAAACUCUGUGCCCUGGAUGACGACAAUAUAACCCCCGAUGAAAGGCACAGUUUCUUGGGCAUCUCUUCCAAGCCAGCCCUGUUGCAGGAGGACAUUGAAAUGGUUGUCACGAUUGGCAAAAUCCGAGGCAUCCCCUAUCCUGUCGUUUCUGAGGAUCUGGAGAAUAUUCCUGAGUUUCCCGUGGUCACUUACAGCUAUUACGUGACAUAUGAGUUUGCCAAAGGUGAAAAACUGAGUUCUGGACGCAAGACUAAGGUUGCGACAUCCAAGAAUAAAGUAUCAAGUAUGCUGACUGUAGAAAGCCCCUCCCCAGAAGGAGCAGGUAGCAACGUGAGCCCAACUGCGGAUGCACCUGUUAAGCCGGACUCACCUGUUAAGUUGGACUCACCUAAUAUGACAAAUGUUUACUACACCCUUCGGAAGUCCUGGGCAGAGACCACUGAGUGUGAAUACAGAAAGGAACACAUCACCAAAGACCUGGUUGCUUUGAAGGCCUAUCUCCUUGCCGGAACCACCCUGGCAGUUGUGGAAGAAAAGAUUGUCUCCUGGCCUGUUGAAUCGCCAGUGGAAACUCCCAGCAAGAAAGGAAAGGGGAAAGCAGAGAAAGGGAAACCAGAAAAGGAGAAAAAGAACAAAGAGAAAGAAGACAAGGGCAAAGCAGAGAAGGGGAAGCCGAAAGAUGGAGGGAAGGGUAGCAACAAGAAGAAAAAGAAAACAGCCUCCCCCGAUUUGCGAAGUGACCCUCCCAUCCUGAAAACCCUGGGCUCUGUCCAUGUCAACCUCCAGAGCUUGCUAGCAGGAGAGUCGCUGUUGACAACUGUGUGUGAUUUUGGCGUCCUGAUCACAGAGCUAGGAUCUCCCCCCUCAGCUUUGAAAGAGAAGGAUGGUAAAAAGGCCAAAAAUAAAGAUAAAAAACCCAAAGGCGGAACGGACACCACGGCAGCUCGUAAAUCUCCACCCCCUGCCAAAGGGAAAGGAAGGAAACAGGAGUCUCCUAGAGGGGCAGACGCCCAAGUGGUCCAGCCAGUGCCUCUGACUGUGGAAUUUCAAAUGCAGCACCAUAAGUGGAAAUCAGCAUCACAAAUCUUAAUAAAAUCCCGAUUAUCUACAUAGUUGGUGUCAGCCCUUCUUUGGCAUUUGAGAUGCAUUCCAGGAUAAGGAAAUUUGCCACGUACAUUGUGUCCAUCUUCUUACUUGCGUGCCUGAUGUACUUGAAGAGAGACACCAAGUCGGUUGUGCC